UGCGAUGUUGUUGUUCAUAAGCAGUGCACAACUUCUCUUGCUGACCACUGUUAUCCAGCAACACAGAAAAAAACAGGAACAUUCAAAACUAAACGUCCCGGGUCAGCUGCUAAAUUUGAGUCCGAUUCUAUGGAAUGUGCAUCGUCAUCAGGAGAUCAUCCACACGCAACAACCGUCAUUGCUGACAAGGAGUUACAUGGCGCCGAUAACGCUAAAUCUGCGUCCUCGGAUUCUGGCAUCGGUACCGAUAUGGAAAAGCCAGUUUCCAGAUCACAGAGCAUGCGUUCCAGGCAGGUUGAUGAAAUUCAGGACGGACGACGAGGACGGUCGGCCUUCUCCUGGGGCGGUGCUUUAGCACCACCGGAAGAAGGCGAGGAACGGCCGCGGCGAGCACGGAGCGAUGCAGAUAGCGAAGAUAAAUCAUCACCUGUAACACUUACCAGAUGUCCACUUGAUACCGCUUCUUUGUCAGGAAAUGAUAUGCAAAACGCAUAA